AUGGCGCCGCUGUGCGUGGAGUUGAAGAUGUUGAGCGGUGCAACUGUCUGCUUGGAGGUCGAGGAGACCAGCUCCGUGCAUCACUUGAAGUCGGAGUUCUUCCAGCUCCGUGGGAUCCCCACGGAUUGCCUGGAGCUUUGUCUGGAAGGCACAGUGCUGUCGGAUUCGCAGCUUCUCCAGUCCUGCGCUGACACUGCUGACCCUGGGCGAAUCAUGUCGCUGAACGCGAUCGUUUGCGUUGAUGCGCUGGCGAAGGGCCUAGGUGGCUGCCAAAGUAUCAGCAAGACCAUCCGUAACUUGGAUCUCCUGAGCCAAUUCGGCUCCAAAGAUGGAGACGUGAAACAGAUCCUCCUACAGCACGCGCGGCACAAGAACGAGGACAUUCGCCGCGCCGCACGACGUGCCCUGUUCCUCGGCUGUCCCGACGCCGAGACGAAGGAGGUCUUUGAAGAGUCCAUGGCCCAGGGUGGCCCACUGCUGCUCGAUGCCUUGGAAUUGAUAUCUCCCAGUCGCGAUGCCACUGCGGUGGCGCGGCUGCUGACGCAUGGGCCCGAAGGGUCCCAAGGGCCCGGAGGGCCAGUGCGGCGGGCAGCAGUGAGGGCCAUGGGCAGAUUGAUGCAGGAGCCCCGGCAUGUGGCGCUGGCAACGCAGAUCUUGCGCUCUGCGGUGCUGGAUCUGGACGCCAACGUGCGCGAGGAAGCGUUGAAGGUCCUCCGCGCCCACGACCCCAGAGAUGCCCUUGCAGCGCUGGGGCAGUGCCUCUGUAGCGUCGAGACGCAGCUGGUCCUGUGGGCCCUGCGGGUGGCCACAGGUGACGAGCUGCGAUUGCUUCCGGACGUCCGAGAAAGCUUGGAAGGCCAGCUACGUUCCCCUUGGAGCUCCCUGGAGCUGCGCUUGGCGCAGCUGGGGGGGCUGCUGCGCCUUGACGACACCACGGAGGCGGUGGAGAGGGUGGCCGUAGGGAUGCUGGGCGCCGUGCGGCGAGAAGGCGGUGAAGCUUGGAGAAGUGAUGGAAAGCAAUGUAGGCAUGCUGGAGUGGCCAACUCCAUGCAGUAUCUCGUUUUGCUGCCUGGCCUAGCUUUGGUAGACCGCGGCGAGCUAUUCAUUCAGUCUCGCACUCAUGAGAUGAAGGAAGCGUUGCUCCAAAUCUUCUCCCAACUUGGGCAAACGAGGACCCUUCCAAGAGAAGUUUUGCAAGACAUUGACGCGGACCUGGAAGAUGUAUGCGAGGCGGUACGUUUAUUGGCCAUGGACGUCCUUUUCAGCCAGUCCGGGCCAGGUUUGGAGCUGACUUCCCAUCGCGUAGCCGUGUGCUUGGCGGAUCCAUCUCCUCUCGUUCAACAGAAAUUCUUCGAAAAUGUGCAUCGCUUGGACACCAGGGUGGUUUUGGCGGCCAUCAGAUCCAAGGAAGAUGCCGGUGAAGCAGGAACUCUUACGGCUUUGAAGGCUUUGCAAAAGCUCAUUGCUCCGAGCAUGGAGGAGGAUAUUUUUCAGGAGGUGAGUCUUUUCGCGGCGCAUCGCUGUGGCCGGGUACGGGCAAAAGCCCUGGAGCUCCUUGGGAACGAUGAAGGGCUGCGACAGAGGUCGCUGGACAUCUUCAACGCUGCCCUCAGCGACCCCUCUGCAGUUGUUCGCAGUUCUGCCUGGCACGCGCUGUGCGCAGGCGGCAAGGGGAUGGAUGUGGACCGACUCUGGUCGCUUCCAACCGGCGAAGGACUGGAGGAGUGGUUGCCCCGCGCACGUCCCCAGUGGAGCAUCCGCGAUGUGGCGGCGGCGCUUGAGAAGCUGAAAGGCAUUGAAGUGACGACGCUGCAGCAGCUGAGGGACGUGCUGAAGGCAGGGCGGAUGAACGACGUCCAGCUGCAACUUCAGCUACUUAAUGAUGGGUUUUGA